CUCUCUCUCUCUCAUAAUACUCUGUUGCAUUUCAGAGAGUGAAUGCUUGCAUCAAUGGCGUCUAGGGUUUGGAUCUGCUUGUUCUUGUUCGUUUUCUCUCAAAUCGCUCCGUCAUUUGCCUCUGAAACCGACGAAGCACAAUCGAAGGAGUUCGUUCUCACUCUUGAUAACUCUAACUUCUCUGAUACUGUUGGCAAACACGACUUCGUCGUCGUCGAGUUCUACGCUCCAUGGUGUGGCCAUUGCAAAAAGCUUGCUCCGGAGUAUGAGAAAGCUGCAUCUGCAUUGAGCAGUCAUGACCCUCCCAUCAUUCUAGCAAAAGUUGAUGCUAAUGAAGAAAAGAACAAAGGGCUUGCAGGUGAAUUUGAGAUUAAGGGUUUCCCCACACUUAAGAUCUUGAGAAAUGGAGGGAAGAAUAUUCAAGAUUACAAAGGUCCUCGGGAUGCUGAAGGUAUUGUUGCUUAUUUGAAGAAGCAAAGUGGUCCUGCAUCUGGUGAAAUAAAAUCUGUGGAGGAUGCUAGUGCUCUUAUUGAUGGCAGUAAGAUUGUCGUUGUUGGGGUGUUCCCAGAAUUUUCUGGAGAGAAGUAUGAGAAUUUCACAGCUGUAGCUGAAAAAUUGCGGUCUGAAUAUGAGUUUGGUCACACUUUGGAUGCAAAGCUCCUGCCACGUGGAGAAUCAUCAGUUACUGGGCCAGUAGUUAGGUUGUUCAAGCCAUUUGAUGAACUUCUUGUUGAUUUCAAGGAUUUUGAUACGGAUGCUUUAGAGGAGUUUGUUGAAGAAGCUAGCACUCCUGUUGUGACUCUCUUUAACAAAGACCCUAGCAAUCAUCCCUUUGUUAUUAAAUUCUUCAACAGUCCCAAUGCCAAGGCUAUGUUGUUUCUGAAUUUUAGCAGUGGGCUUGUUGAUGCUUUUAAAUCAAAAUAUCGUGAUGUUGCUGAGCAAUACAAAGGACAGGGCAUAAGUUUUCUGCUGGGUGAUGUUGAGGCUAGUCAAGGUGCAUUCCAGUAUUUUGGGCUCAAAGACGAUCAGGUGCCUCUCAUCGUCAUACAAACCAAUGAUGGGUUGAAAUAUCUUAAACCGAAUGUGGAGCCUGAACAAAUUUCAUCAUGGGUGAAGGAAUACAAGGAGGGCAAUGUGCUUCCAUACAGAAAGUCUGAACCCAUACCUGAAGUUAACGAUGAAUCUGUUAAGGUGGUGGUUGCCGACAGCCUCCACGACAUGGUUUUCAAUUCCGGGAAAAAUGUUCUGUUGGAAUUUUAUGCACCCUGGUGUGGUCACUGCAAAAAGUUGGCUCCAAUAUUGGAUGAAGUUGCUGGUUCAUUCCAAAGUGAUGGUGAUGUUAUCAUUGCAAAGAUUGAUGCCACUGCAAAUGAUAUCCCAGUUGAUAUGUUCGACGUGAAAGGUUAUCCAACGUUGUACUUUAGGUCAGCAAGUGGAAAUCUGUUGCAGUAUGAUGGGGAUCGUACCAAAGAAGAUAUAAUUGACUUUAUUAAGAAGAAUAAGGAUAAAACUACCCAGCAAGAUCAGCAAGAUCAGCAAGAUCUUCGAAAAUCUGAGUUGUAAUGAAGGAAGAGCUUUCCCAUCUGUAAUGGAACAUGCAGAGAUGAGCAUAGUUGGAUACAUGUUAGGCGGCAACUUUACUUUAAACUAUGUUAGCGAGGAAGCACUGCAUGAUCUCCCUCCAUGUGAUAUCCUCAUAUCCCUUUCUUAUCCGCUUUUAAUCAAAAAAAUCCUUGACCCGAAUAAAAUGGGAGUUCUUUUCGCUUGUGUAGUUGCAGUAAAUUUUAGUUUUGGGGAUUGCAUAGUUCAGAAUGUAACAGUUUUUUUGUUUUGCUUUGCUUUGCUUUGCUUUGCUUUGUGCGCGCGUGUGCUACUAUAGAUUAAGAAAAGCAUGUUUUGAGGUAGAGUAUGUUUUAAGUACUUAAAUUUUGUCGUAUGGAAGUAUUUAUUUUUGCUUACAAGCUGCUUUUGAGUUCUGACACUUGAAGAUCUUGGUAAUGGUUUUUUUUUUAGUCCCUCCA